UGACUUUGACAAGAAAGAAGAGCAGGGAGAGAGCAACAUAUACUGAAAACUGCCUUUUCUGUAUUUCUACUUGUUUCUUUUUUACUAAAAAAGAUCCUGCACUAUCAAGUUGUGGUCUUUAACAAAAAGGUUCCUUGUCAGAGAGAUUCAAGUUAGAAAUAUCGCCUGUUCAUCCCGACUGAGAAGUGAAGUGUCAUGGCGUCCGACGUUCAAAUGCAAGGAGAAAAACCAAAAGCAGUUGCAUUUGAAGUGUGGUUUAGGCCAGUAGUCGAAAAUGCUCGUACUCCAAAUUUUUCACCGUUGCGAGGAGAUAAAAAUGUCAGUAAAGAAUACCUGAUGAAGAAACUGAAGGAAGCUGAGAUCAGAAAAAAGAAACUCACCCUUCAUAGUUUGGCAAAGUUGGCAGCUAAACAACAAUACAUCCAAAAAGUCAGGGCAAGUGCUGAUCAACAAGGAAAAAUUGCAGAGGCUAAAUUGAAAAGCAAAAUGGAAACCUAUGGCGAGAACAAGAAUGCAAUUGAAAAAGCAUUGCACACUCGACUGAAUGCCAAAGAGGAGCGCAUUAAAGAUGUUAAGGCAAAGAACCAGGCUCUGAUUGACUCGCAGUGCAAGGAAAUUGAGGAAAAAAUCCAGAACAAGCUUGUACAAAGCGAAGAAAAGACAGAAGCAUUGAGACAAGCACUGAAAGAUAAGCUUCAAGCUCAUGAUCAGAAGUUGAAAGAAGCAAAAAAUGUUGUCCAAGAAAAGGUUGAAAUGCACUCCAAGAUCACUGAGGAGAAACUGCAGAAGAAGAUAAAGAUCUCUACUGAAAAGAGACAGACCUACAUUGAAAGCCUUAAAGAGCGUGUUCAUGACCAAAAUGUCACAGCUGAACAGAAGAAACAGAUACAUGAAGAAGAGUGCGCUCUCAUUCAGCAGCUAUAUGAAGAAAAGCUUCAAUCCAAAAUGGUGAAAUAUGGGGAAAAUCGUACAGCUCUGCUGAAGGCUAAGCAAGAUCAACUGCAUGCUCAUAAUUGUCUUGUUAAGGAGAAAUGUAUCUCAGCCAAGCAAAGGAAGCUAGCACAGAGAGGUUAAACAAAUACAAACAUAUUUUGAUUUGGUGAAACUUUCCACUUUCCAAGAUGAUGUAAAUUACUUGUUAUUGUAUGGUACAUUCCUGUAUGUACAUGUUUAGUCAUUAAUUACAAGUUAUGUAAGUUCACAUUUAAUGACAAGUUGUUCCUACUUUUGUGGGUAAAACUGCAAAACCCCUAAAAUAUUUGAUUGAUGCACCUAAGUUGUAAAUUAUUCUAUUGGAGUAUUUCUUGACUAUCAGGUUUACUCUCAUGAGAAAAUGUUUUCACUCAAAGGCUUUUAGUUGUGGCACAAGAGGUCCAGUUUGAACUUCAGAACUGAAUCCUUCACAGUAUACACUGUGGUUAUACCUUGAAUCAUUUGCAUAUUUCGGGGCAAAGCACUCCGUAAGCUUGUAAAAGGAUAUCAAUGCAAAAUAAUUGUCCUGGCUAUGAACAAACUAGGUAUUUAUUAUGAAUGCAAGCUUACUCUUACUGUUAAUCUCGGUAAUCUUACUUCCAUACAAUCCAUGGCCAUGAAACCAUACUCAUUCAUUUGGUUGUGCCAUUGAUUGUAAAGGCCAGUUCACACUGAACAGCUAGGCCUUUAUGCAUCAGUAUGAGCUCAUCAGUAUUGCUCUGAAAUAUUUCUUACAUGUAGCAUCAGUGUAUAUACUUUGUUUAACAUAGGGGUCAUAUUUGUUUGUAAAUGUUGUGAGUUAAUGACAGUUUUGGUUCAUGCAGCCAUUUAAAAAUAUUAAAAAAAAUUGAAAUAAUUUUGUUGAAUAAAUUUAAAUA